AUGAAUAGAGAAGAAGAGCAAAUAGUGUGGUCGUGGAAAUCUAAUAUAAAUCCAUGGUCAUUAAAUCAAAUUGAUGAAUGGACACCAUUUAUACCUAUAAUCAAUAAUCAAAUUGAACAAGGUUAUCAAGAACAUGAAAAAGAAUUAAUUAUUAAUGAAAAUCAUAAAAUUGAUUUAAAUAAACUUUUACAAAUUAAUAUUCACAAUGUGAAUAAACAACGACCUGUUCGACGAUGUUCAAAUAGAGAAGAUAACGUUUCUUAUUAUCGUCGUGAACGAUUUAAUUUUGUACAACCAAUAAAACGUUCGAUUACAGAUGAUACUCCUUAUUAUGGAUCUAGUUUUAUUACUGAUUGA